CGCAAAGAUCAGUAUUUGCCGAAGCUUCAAUUGUAACGCGUCGAAAAUGCUAACCGUAUUUCUUCUAGCAAUAUGUGCAAUCGCAUUUCUAUAUUUAUCCUACAAAUACGCCACUGAUCGUCCCAAAGGAUUUCCACCCGGUCCUCCGCGUAUACCUGGCUUUGGAAGCUAUUUAUUUCUGUUACUUAUCAAUUACAAAUAUCUGCACAAGGCAGCGUUAACAUUAAGCAAAUGGUACAAAUCUGAUAUUAUUGGACUACAUGUUGGCAAAUAUCCUGUAGCCGUUAUUCACAAUGCUGAAGGCGUUCGGGAAAUAUUAAAUAACCAGGCCUACGAUGGACGACCUGCCUUAUUUGUGGGUCAAAUUCGCGAUCCUGGCGAAAGCGUUCGAGGCAUAUUCUUCCAAGAAGGCGUUCUCUGGAAGGAACAGCGACGUUUUAUCCUACGUUAUCUCAGAGAAUUCGGAUUCGGACGCCGUUUUGAAGAACUGGAGCUGAUCAUCAAGGAAGAGAUCUCCGAUAUGCUAGAUCUGAUUCGAUGUGGACCUCGCUAUCCACACGAACACCAUCUAGUGAAACCUGGUGGCUAUCGCGUACAAUUGCCAUUGUUUUUCAAUCCGUUCUCGGCCAACUGCCAUUUUCACAUUGUCUACAACGAGCGACAUUCACGAGCGGAUAUGGCCAAGUUAGUGCAACUGGUUCAAAUGGGAUUACAGUUUCAACGUGCAUCCGACGAUUAUGGAAGAUUACUCAGCAUUAUGCCAUGGAUACGAUACAUUUGGCCAGAGUCGAGUGGAUAUAGGAAAUUAAUGCAGUCCAACCAAUUUGUUCAUGCAUAUUUUUCCGAAUUUGUAGAUCGUUAUUUGGCGACUUACGAUCAGAGUUGUGAACGCAACUUUGUCGACAUGUACAUUAACGAGAUGAACAAGUGUCCACCUCAAGAGUUGGGUUUUAAUCGCGAACAGUUCAUCAUGGGCCUGAUAGACUUCUCAUUCCCGGCCUUUACUGCCAUCGGUGCGCAGCUGUCGUUGAUGGUGCAAUACUUUCUACUUUACCCCGAAGUUGCCAAGCGCAUACAAUGUGAGAUCGAUGAGGUAGUUGGCUGUGGUCGCCUACCAACGCUCGAGGAUCGCAAGAAUAUGCCUUAUACAGAGGCCGUAAUUCGAGAGAAUCUUCGCAUUGAAACCCUUGUGCCAUCGGAUAUUCCCCAUAAGGCUUUAGUCGACACACAGCUGCUUGGCUACACAAUUCCCAAAGGCACAAUUAUAAUACCCAGCUUGUAUGCCUAUCACUUGGACAAGAGUAUCUGGAAAGAUCCUGAGAAUUUCAGACCGGAGCGUUUUCUAGAUGAUGCUGGCAAAUUGUGCCUUAAGCUGGAUGUGUCCCUGCCCUUUGGAGCUGGCAAACGCCUUUGCGCUGGAGAAACAUUCGCAAGGAAUAUGUUAUUCCUUAUGACAGCAGCCAUGCUGCAGAACUUCGACUACACUCUGGCGCCAGGUGAUUCGCUGCCCGAUCUGUCCAAGAAUAACAAUGGUUUAAUAAUUACGCCACCCGAUUUCUGGGUGCAACUGAAGGAGAGAACACAUUAAGCACGAUAUGUAACAAAUAAUUGAUAAUAAACACUUUUUAAAUAA